AUGGCGAGCGGGAAUCCCACCGUGGCCGUCUCAGCACCCGGCAAGGUCCUCCUCGCGGGGGGCUACCUCGUGCUCGACAGGAAGCACACAGGCGUCGUGUUCGGCCUCAGCGCCCGGAUCAACGUCGUAGCGGGGGAGAUUCACACGAGCCCAGGCGUCCAGCUGAGCGAGAUCAUGGUGGACAGUCCGCAGUUCGUGGGUGCGCAGUGGCGAUACGGGUACCACUUGGCGCCGCAGGGGGGCGGCAUCAAGGUCACGCAGUUGCAGGUGGACGCCGUCAUCUGCAGGAACGCCUUUGUAGAGACGACGCUUAGCUAUGCGCUCACAUAUGUCGACCGGCUUAUGGGCCGGCUGUCAGACUAUAGCCUCCGGCCGGCUCGUCUCGUCGUCCUGGCUGACAACGACUACUACUCCCAGUCUACGCCGACCGACGGCCAGCCGGGACGCUUCGCCAAGUUCACGGUGCCGCUGGGCGGCGCCAACAAGACGGGGUUGGGGUCGUCCGCGGCGCUGGUGACGGCGCUGACGGCCGCGCUGCUGAGCCACUAUCUCCCCCGGAGGCUGCUGGACAUCACGUCCGCGCAAGGCAAGCGUAGGCUGCACAACCUCGCGCAGGCGGCUCAUUGCGCCGCGCAGGGCAAGGUCGGGUCGGGGUUCGACGUCGCGGCCGCCGUGUACGGGUCGUGUCUGUACAGGAGAUUCUCGCCCGACGUGUUGAGCCAGUUGCCCGAGGCGGGCUCGCCUGGGUUCGCCGAGAAGCUGGUCUCGACUGUGGACGGCGCAGUUUGGGAUGUUGAGGUGCGGACCGAAGGGCUGCGACUACCCAAGGGCGUGACCCUGAGCAUGUGUGAUGUCGACUGUGGGAGCCAGACCGUGGGCAUGGUCAAGAAGGUGCUGGCAUGGAGAGCCAGAGAAGUCGACGUGUCGACUAGAUUGUGGGAUGAGCUCCAGGCGCGAAACGAGGACCUGGCCGCCUGGUUGAGUGACGGAAACGUAACUGAAAUUCCGGUCGCCGUGGCCAAGGUCAGGGCGUUGAUUCGGGAGAUGGGCAAGCUGAGUGACGUACCGAUUGAGCCCGAGUCCCAGACGGAGUUGUUGGACGCCUUGAGUGCCAUUGAUGGCGUGUACGGGGGCGUUGUCCCUGGGGCCGGGGGCUUUGACGCUCUCGCCCUGCUGACGAGGGAUGAUGAGGAGACGAAGAAGCGUGUGGAGGACAGGGUUGCCCAAUGGUCUCGGGAGAAGGGGGACCAGGUUCGUUUGUUGGGUGUAAAGGGUGAGAUGGAGGGUGUUAAAUAUGAGAACCUAGACGUUUACUCUGGAUGGAUAGCAGUCCAGGGUACAGAUUAG